AUGGUGGACGCAAAGCUUCAGGAGCUCAUCUCCAAGCCGCGCGCCGAGUUGACCGAGUACGAAGUCGCCCAAGUCGAGGAACACGAACUCACCACCGGCCCUCUCUCCAUCCUGCAGACCGCGGUCCGCACGCGCACCCAAGUACUCAUCUCCUGCCGCAACAACCGCAAGCUGCUCGCCCGCGUAAAGGCUUUCGAUCGUCACUGCAACAUGGUACUGGAGAACGCAAAAGAGAUGUGGACAGAGACACCCCGGCUGGCAAAUGGACAGCUCGGUCGCAAGGUCAACAAAGACCGGUUCAUUAGCAAGAUGUUCUUGCGCGGCGACUCAGUCAUUCUCGUUUUGCUCAGUUAA